AUGGCUGCUCGUCGGCUCGAAGCUGCACUGCACGCCUCGGCAUUGUUCCGCACUCGAAACGGUGCCGAGCUCGGAGCGCAGUCAUCCACUCCUUUCAAGUCGUCGACGCCAUGUCCACUCGCUGCUUGCCCAUCAGCCUCCAUCGGCGUGCUGCAUUGGCUGGUCCACUCGCUCCGCCUACCCUCCGUCUCGACAAGGCGAUCGCUUUCUCAUCCUGAUCCAACUGCUGCAACAAAACCACUCCGGAUCUGCAAGAGCCCCACCACCUCAUCUGCCACCGCCUCGAUCCAACCCAAACAUGCUUUGCGCAUGCAGCUCCAAAGAAGGUCAGCCGGCUGCCUUUGCGGCAGGCAGAGAGCUGCUCCCACGCUUUCCGCUCCGCUCGUCUUCCUCGGCCUCCAACGUCGAUCCUUUGGCCGCAUCUUCGCUGCUGCCCUCCCCUUUAAAUCGGCUCGGCUUGGACACAUAUUCGAUCGCGACUAUCAAAGGGCCACUCUCUCGUCCGUCACCUCACACUCUCUUCACUUCCUGGCGCCGCUACUGUACACCAUGCAUCCCUCAACCGAAGCAGGGCCAUCGCGACCCGGCCGCUCGCGAUCAAAAACUCUCCCCAAGAAGGCAGAGGAUCCAGCCCCAUCCGCGAUGCUGGUCCACCACUCAAACAUGGACGACAUGCCCGUCUUCUCCCCCGUCCUCCGCAAGAUUCCUCGUCCGCCAAAUGCUUUCAUUCUCUACCGGUCCGCUAAAAUGCGCGAGAUCUCAAACAGCGACAAGGAUCGUAACACUGGUACAGGUCUCGGCAAGCUGGACUAUCAGCGCCAGUUGAGCAAGCAAAUCGGUCAGCUCUGGCGUAACGAGACCCCAGAGGUCAAGGCUGCUUUCUACGACAAGUCAAAGCAAGCAGCUCGAGAACAUGCGCAGCGAUAUCCAGAGUAUCGAUUCAAGCCCGGCAAAAAGGGGGCGGCAACCGCCGACGAUCCUUCCACCUCUUCCACCGCCGCCAAAUCAGUAGCCGAUACCACCUCACACUCUCGCACCGUCAGCAACGAUUUCUCCCCCGUCACUGGCCCCGUAUCAGGCUCAGGAUCCGGCAGCGGCCGCAAAAGGGCCUCGCUCGAAAGUGCAAGAUCCAAAGCUUCGCCCUAUUCUGCAAGUCACCACCGCCGCUCAUCUUCCGCCAACUCCACCUCCCCCUCCCGCAGGCGAUCCAGCGACCCGAUCAAGCAAAGUCCGAUCCAUCAUGUUGAUCCUAUUGCGCUCCACCAACCAACACCGAGCUUGGUCAUUGCUCCUCAACAGCAGCAACGCCACCACACCUCUCACCGAACUUCGGCUGAGCAUGCGCCCACCCAUCCAUCGUCGCAAACCUCCUUCGACACGCUUCUUCCACCGCACCUCCGAGAGCGGUCCCGCGUCUUCCUGGCUCCGCUCAACAACCCUAACGCCCCGCCGAUUCCUGUCGGUCAGGCUAUCACCACCACUCAGGCGGUCCCAGUCGUCAAUCCCAAACGCGAAGCCUCGCCCCCACCAAACAGACCAAAGAUCGGUCUCGCCGAGGCUGUCAAGCGCGCCCUACCACCCGAGCGACGCGCUCUUCUGCACGCUUCCCUGAUCAAAAAGGGUCUCAUACCCGUCUCUGACCAAGAGACGUCAUCCACGCUCGCCCAAGGCCUGCCUUGCCCUCCACCCACAUCCGAGCAAACCACGCAGAGCCAGUCUGCAUCCCAAGGCUCCACACCAAGCCUCGUGCAGACAGACUCGUGGAGCUCGAUCACUGACUCUAGCAUCCAGAUGGACAGGUCGCAUACUUGGCACGCUCAGGCAUCGACGAUUCGAGGAGGGACCUCACCUGGCUCAUCUUGGCCCACAGCAAAUGCUACGAGCACCGCAAACCUGCUUCCCUCGCCAGACCCUGCAUUGCAGGAUUCCAUUCCCAUGCCACCGACCCAAGGCUCGAGCAUCAACAUCAGCAUGAGGCCUACCGACGCAGCGCGGUACCACGAACUUUCGGUCUGGAAUCCGCUCGAGCAAGACUGGUCUCAGAACUCUUGGACGUGGGCAGAUCCAGCUGGCGACAGCACCGUACCCGCAUCUCAAGCAUCCGUCGCCACGCACUUUGAUGCGAAUGCUCCUACCAGCUCUCAAGACGCCCACAACGCUGCCUCGCAGACUAUGGCCUCGCAGCAAGCACCAGCGGAUCUCGCCUUCUGCAGCAUCGACUUUGGCAGAUACAGCCCUGCGGAAGCCAUAUCCGAGCUCGAUCGCGCCAUCAAUGCGGCCAACUCGGCCAUUGUCUUGGUGUCACAACCAUCGCAGGACGGUGGUGUGCAGGGCCACAUGUACGGCUUGGACGGCGAGCUGAUCGGUCACGGCACAGUCGAUCCUCCCGAGGCAGAGCCGUCCUCUGGGCUUAGCGCAGGACUCAGCGCAGAGGAAGAGAGCCAGCAGCGAGCGGUAGAGCUGCUUCUGGAGCAGAUGAUAGGCGCGACGAACCCGCACACGCACGACUCUCAAUCGCAGCCUUACAGCGCGGACGCCAGCCAGAGUUUUGCGGAUUCGCAGUCGCAGAGCUUCCACGAUGCACAGCAGUGGCCAGAGUGGCAGCACCCGGUCUUUUCGGCGACAUCAUCUGGUCCGGUCAUCAAUGCGGCAGAGUCGCAGGGAGACGCAGCUUCUGCACGACCCUGGACAGCAACCUCGCAGAACCAAUUUCGACACGACGAGGCGACGCCGGUUUACCUCGCCUCGUCGAUACCGGCAGGAGACGCCUGCUCGCAUGUUGGUGGCCCGUCCGAGGCGCAACACCGCUUCGAUCAAGGAUUUGCAGAACGGCACGACAAUGCCCGGUCCCAGCAAGACCUGGAGAACGCUCCAGCCGAUUCUGCCCCGGUAAGCCGAGGCCUGCGAAGCUGGAAAGCAGCCCAGCUCAGCUCGAUCAAGGAAAAGUUUGCGCGCAUGCGCCAACGAUCCACGUCCACCCCACCCGUCCCCUCCAUGCCGCUGCUAUAG